CUUCGAGAGAAUCGGAAUCGCUUCGGCCGACGCAGGUCACUUUCCUGAAGCCGAGAGAGCAACUCAGCAAAGCCUGUUUGCGGCACUUUGAGAACAUGCAGGACGCAGCCUCAGCGUCCCGCGCUCCCAGUGCAGAGCGGCGGUCGAUACUGGCAACUCAAGGCCGCGGGAAAGGGAAAAAUGGCACGAAAGGUCAACACGAUGCGAAAGGCCAAGGUAAGAGAGGGAGUGGUAGGACGAACAAAAGCAGGCCAGUGGAUGCCAUUCUCCCGUUCGAUGUGGAUACGAAAUCAUCCCUGUCUCGGUUACAUGGCGAUGCUGAAAAUGACUACAUUGUCGAAAACUACUGGAUCCGUGUGGACGACACGACACAGCUACUUGACAGCAAAAUGCGCGCUCGCGACGUCACCAUGGCCGAGCUCCGGAAGCAAAUUUCCGCACUCGAACUGCGGCUCUGGAACACCGCAACGGAAGAGGAUCGGUCAAAAGCAAAGGCCGGUGAGCAACCGGCAGGCAAAGCAAGGAAUUAUGCCGCCAUAAUGGACUACAGCAGGCUGAGCGGCCUUGCGAAACUGGAUCUUGUGCUUGCGUUGGCACAGUGGGACAAUUGA